UGUGUAAGGAUCAAGUUAUAAGAAGCCAAAUUUAGUUUUUGUUUUGAGGAUACCGUAGAUUGACUGGAAUUGUUGUACAAACGUAGCUAGGCUUGUCACAUGGAAACUACAGAUAUGAUAUGAUGUGGGCACGGAUUCAAGGAAGGAAAACUUUGUUUUACCUACUAAACUACUACUAUUAUUGCUACUUUGUACAUUCCGGUGUAUGGAAUUGAUUGGAGUUCAGUUGAGUGUUAAUAAACAAAGAACCAUGAAAUUACCACAUUGUCUCAAGGAUCAUAUGUAGAUAUCUCUACAUUAGUAAAACAAAUUCGAUUCUUCAACGGAUACUGCAUGGAAGAAGGCUUUCGACACGGCAAGCCCCCGGGCGUGAUACUCGCGAACACUGCACAAGUACUAAAGUCUGACGUGACGUGACACAGUGAGUAAUUCAAUGAAAUGAAACUCAGAAGUGAAAACGGCUGAAUGAAAUGAAACUCAGAAGUGAAAUCGGCUGAAUGAAAUGAAACUUUGAAGUGAAGUCGGCUAGACUCUAUAGCUCUACACGUUACUGCUGAUUUGAAAGGAAUGUUUAUCAAGUAAAUUGCAAUUAUGAAUGGGAAUACUACUCCCAAAUCCCCAGGUGGGAAAGAUAAGGAACUGAGCAAUGCCAAUGGCAAUGAUAUUAAUCAUGUUGAUGAUAAGGAGAGUGGUGCAACAAGGAGCUUUACUAGAGAAAGAGAUCUAGAGAAUGGGAAAGAAGAUCAAGAUGACUCAGAAUCCACAUUGUCAUUAUGUGGAUCAUCGGCCUCUUCUGCCAGUACUGCAAAGAGGAGAGAAAGAGAGAGAAAGAAGGAAAGACAACUUAAAGCAAAGUUGAUAGCCUUACAUCAAACGAGUGAACUUGAGAAGAAACUGAGAAAACUUCAAAAACAACAUGAAAUGGAACAAGCCGAACAAGAAAUACGAAUUGCAAAAGAAAAGGCUGAGAAUUUGAGAAAGAGUCAGCUUUUGAAGGAUGAAGAAGCGGAGAUUGAAAGACAAAAGACUGCUAUUCUCUUGCAAGCAGAAUUGAAGCUUCUACAACAAGACUCAGAGGAAGAGCUACAGAAAUGGAAAGUGGAAGGUGAUUCUUUCCGUGAUCGUGGACAAGAACGAGAACGAGUUAGAGGUGAUUUUGUCGGUGAUCAUGGACAAGAACGAGAUCAAGUUAGAGGUGACUCUUUCCGUGAUCGUGGACAAGAACGAGAACGAGUUAGAGGUGAUUUUGUCGGUGAUCAUGGACAAGAACGAGAUCAAGUUAGAGGUGACUCUUUCCGUGAUCGUGGACAAGAACGAGAACGAGUUAGAGAUGAUUUUGUCGGUGAUCAUGGACAAGAACGAGAUCAAGUUAGAGGUGACUCUUUCCGUGAUCGUGGACAAGAACGAGAACGAGUUAGAGAUGAUUUUGUCGGUGAUCAUGGACAAGAACGAGAUCAAGUUAGAGGUGACUCUUUCCGUGAUCGUGGACAAGAACGAGUUAGAGGUGAUUUUGUCGGUGGUCGUAGACAAGAACAAGAACAAGCCUUUCGCAAGGAACCUGUGAGCAAUGAAGAAGGAGCCACCAAACAGAUGCUUAGGGAGAUGAUUAGAUUCACUGCAGAAAACAGUCUACCAUCGCCAGAUCUCGAGCCGUUCAAUGGGGAUCCACUUGAUUACCUUACCUUUAUAAGGAAUUUUGAAUAUGUGGUUGAAAAGAGAACUGAUGAACCUUUCAGAAGACUAGAGCUUCUACUAAAAUACACACGAGGAGAAGCGCAUGAGCUUAUUCGAGAAUGCCCCCACAUACAACCAAGUAAGAGGGCAUAUGAGACUGCCAAGUCCAUGCUACACAGAGACUAUGGAAAGCAGAGUAACAUAAUAAAUGCAUACAAGGAAAGGGCAAUUGCCUGGGAGCAGAUACGAUCAGGAGAUAGGCAAGGAUUGCGAAAAUUCGCAAUAUACCUCAAUAAUUGCUCACAUGUUAGAGCAGCAGGGGACUUAGGAGGCAUGGAUAGUGCAAGUUUUCUGAGAGUUCUGGCAAGCAAACUACCGUUGUAUCUCCAACAGAAGUGGAUCUCACGAGUAGGCCUGACUCGUGAUAUUGCCAAUAGGAAUCCCACCCUGGACGACCUUGCACAGUUCGUCAUACAGACUGAAAGAAACAUUAACGAUCCCAUGGUACAGGGAUUGGGAUAUCAGAGGACUGAGAAAAAUGCUUCCUACAAUAAAGAUGAGAAAGAAAAACUACAAAAAUCAAGAAGCACAAAGGCAUUUGGUACAGCUACACAACAGGAUAGGGAGCAGAAGGACAAGAGGGAACCCAGUUGUACUUUCUGUGGCACCAACUCAAGGCACAUCAUUGACGAGUGCCGAAAAUUUGAAGCCUUGACAGUUGAAGAAAGAUCAGAGCAAUGUAAAAGGAAAGGCCUCUGCUUCCGAUGCCUGAAACCAAAACAUCUGAAAAAGGAAUGCAAAAGUCAGAUCAAGUGUGAUGUCUGCGACAGGAUGCACAACACUCUAAUGCAUGAUCCCAGGUGGAUGAAAGACGGAGAAGGAAAUACAAGGAAAACCACCAAUGAUGCUUCAACAUCUACAUGUACCGAUGUGCAAAGUGAAGCUGGAAAGAUCUCUUCAGGGUCUACCAAUGUGAAGAAAAGUGUUGGAGGAAAACCCCAGACAUCGACAUGCAUGACGAUAGUUCCAGUCAUCGUGAAGCACAAAGGAAAUGACAGAUGCAUAUCAACUUAUGCAUUCAUAGAUAAUGGAUGCGGAACAGUCUUCUGUGACACAGAACUUAAGGCUGCAUGCAAGAACUAG